AUGAACUUACAUCUUCAUAUAAAUAAAAAUAAUCCUAAUGUUGUUUGGCCAUAUCAAUUAACCCUAAUAACACCCUUUUAACUGUGGGCAACAGAUAAUGAUAUUUAAAUAUUCCAAUUCUAAAAAGCAUUUUUGAAAAAACUUACUCAGAUUAAAAAGGCUUCUGAAGCUAUCUCCACAUUAAAUUUUUUUGAACAUAAUUCAAACUUCAUUGCUGGAUCAUUCGAUUCAUCUAUUAUCAUAUGGCCCAUGAAUCUAACAUCCACACCAAAAUAUAUAACUAAAUUAUAAGAAAAAUAUCAUUUUGUUAGGUGUCUUGCAGUACUUUCUUCAGAAGAUCUAGUAAUUAGUGGAUCUCAUGAUCACUCCAUCAAAUUUUGGUCCUACUCCACAUCAUAAACUGUCUCCCCAUACUGUUGGUUUUAAUCUUAGACAAUCACAGAACAUACAAGCACCGUUUGGGGAUUAUCAAUUAAUGAAGAUGAAAAUAAAUUAAUCUCUUGUGGAGAAGAUAAGCUAAUCUUAAUAAUUGAACGUACAAACAAACAUUAGUGGAUUGUAAAAUAAAAAGUGUAUGUAGAGAAUGGCGGAUUCAGAUUGAGCUUCAUUAACAAUGAUUCUUUUGCAUCUUAACCACAUAAAGAUUAAAGAGGAUCAAGCAACCUCGAUCUAUAUUAAUUCGAUGUCUCUACUGAUUUGUAUGUUAGAACUGGUAAUGUUCCCAUUAAAGGAAAAGGCCAAUACUGCAGGGCUUAUUUUCCGUAGCUGUAUAUUCCUUCUAAAUAAAUGAUCCUAUCCAAAAAUGGAUAUUACAUCAAUUUGAUAAGAUUUACCUAAUCGAAUUAAACUCUGGCAGAUUGGGAAUGUAGAUUAGUAUAAACAAUAAAUUUUGACUAACAUUGGAUAUUUGGAACCGUCAGCAGAGAUGGAGAAUAUAUUAUUACCUGGGAUGAUGAAUCAAAAGCUAUACAGACUAGAUAGUUAAUUGCAAUUUGA